AUGGCUCCGCCUGCCAAGAGACAGAAGAGACUUCUUAUGAUGAGCUCAGAAGAUGAAGAGCCAGACACCAAUUCAAUACACAAGCCUAUUCCUACAAGAUCCCGGGCGAAGGCCAAGAGGAGCAACACCGACAGAUCAACUAUCGCCAUACAGCCAGCUUCAGAUAAUGUCCCCCAAGAUCAUGCUACGAAGCCCAAAUCCGCAGGCAAGGCACAGACUUCGAGGCCUAUAUCAUCAUUCUUUAGCGCUAGAACCGAGGCACAGCAGCCGAAUGGUCAGAGGCCUCCCGAGGCAGUGACGCCAGAAGUAGAAGACCAUGAAGAUCUGAUCGUAGACGACUCCCCGGUCGAGAAUGUGAAUGACUUUGGGGGAAGAACCAUAAGGACUGCUCUCUACCGUAGGCAGAAGCACCCGGUGCCAGCACACGACAUUGCCGCUGCGACGAACAAACCAAGCCAACAGAGUGGCAGUCAAAGAUUCAAAAUCCCUGGACAUGCUUCGAGCAUGGGCGUCAGCCCAGGAAUAUCCGGCGAGGUGAAAGCAAAAUCGAGGGCCAUUGAUUUGAGACCUUGGGCAGAAAAAUAUGGACCCAACAAUCUUGAAGAGCUGAUGGUCCACAAGAAGAAAGUACUGGAUGUACGCAAGUGGUUGGAGAUCGUGCUCUGGGGUCAGGAUCGCAAGAGACUUUUGAUUCUCAAAGGGCCUUCAGGUGCUGGGAAGACCGCUACAAUAUCUAUGCUUGCCAGAGUUAUGGACGUCGACGUAUUAGAAUGGAAGAAUCCCGUAGGCUCCGAGCUCUCAUCUGAAGCAUAUCUCCCAAUGUCCGCUCAUUUCGAAGAUUUCCUUGGUCGGAGUGGCAAGUUCAAUAAAUUGGCGCUUGCAGACAUGAGUGGGAAUGUAUUAGCAACGCCGGUACAGACCAUCGAUGCGCUCAGUGAGAAUGCGAGGGAAAGGAUCAUACUGAUAGAAGAAUUCCCGGAUACGUUUAUGAGUACUUCCAGUGCGUUGCGCUCAUUUCGGUCAAGCGUCCUCCAAUAUUUAGCAUCCACUACGCCUUCUACGGGCGCCUUUGCAUCCAAAAAGCAAGGUGAUAACCUGAAGGUCACGCCAGUGGUCAUGAUCAUCACUGAAACCCGAUUGAUGACAACAGCCGCUACCAGCGACAGCUUCACUGCUCAUCGACUCCUUGGGCCCGAACUGUUGAACCAUCCAGGCGUAAGUACCAUUGAGUUCAACCCAAUCGCUUCCACCUAUCUCACCAAGGCUCUUGACCUCGUCGUACAAAAAGAAGCGAGGCAAUCUGGAAGGCGCAGGGUACCUGGGCCAGCUGUGUUGAAGAAGCUUGGCGAAGUGGGUGACAUUCGUAGUGCCAUUGGAUCAUUAGAGUUCCUCUGUUUACGAGGAGAGGACGGAGAUGAUUGGGGUGGUACGGUAGCUUCGAGAGCCAAGAAAGCGGUGAAUGCUUCAUCCGCAUUAACAAAGAUGGAGACAGAGUCACUCGAAUUGGUUACCCGAAGGGAAGCUACUCUGGGACUCUUUCAUGCUGUCGGCAAGGUCGUCUACAACAAGCGUGAAGACUUUGCUGGUGGCGAUGCUGCUAGCGAACCUCCUACGCAGCCACCACAUCACCUGUCGGGGCACGUCAGGCUAAGAAUGGCGCAAGCUUCUGCCAACCAACUUAUCGAGGAGACGGGUACAGAUAUAGCAACCUUCAUUGCUGCCUUGCACGAAAACUUUGUGUUGUCCUGCGAGGGCAACUCCUUCACUGAGAAUCUUGACGGCUGUAUAGACGCGCUGUCUGACAGCGACCUACUGGGCUCACCACGAGGCGGUAGAUUUGGCUCAUCUGGAGACCAUGGAAACCGUACCUUCCAGGGAGCUACCUCUGAUACAUUGCGACACGAUGAGAUGUGUUUUCAAGUUGCAGUGCGAGGUCUAUUGUUCGCUUUACCGGAUCCUGUAAAGCGGCGAACACACCCGAUAUCUGGGGAAAGUGGGUGCAAAACGGAUACUUACAGGAUGUUCUAUCCUACUUCUAUGAGACUAUCUAGACAGAUGGAGGAGAUCGAUGGCUUAGUCGGCCAAUGGAUUGACAGGCUUCAAGCCAGUGCUGUACCUUUAGGAAAAUCAAUAGGUAGGCAUGACCCGCGGUUCGCUCAUUUGCCGUCGAGACGGGAAGUGCAACCCUCGAAAGUAACCGCCGAAGACCGGUCACAACCUGACGAAGAUGGCCCAGAGCCUUUUAGGACGAGCUUGGGGUGCACUAAAAGUGAAUUGAUUGUUGAGAGACUCCCAUAUAUCACGAAGAUCGAGCAACACAAUGCGGCCUCCACACAUCUCAACGGGCUGGAGAGAAUCACACAAUUACAUGGUAUCAUGCCGCCGGGCAACGAAGCCUCGGAGGAUGAGGACUUCGGAGAGGGAGCUCCUGUCAGCGAUUGGAUGACUGAAGGUCCAGCUGAAGGCGACGUAACCGGUCCCGCGCCGAGGGUCAGUCUGCAACAAGGGGUUGAGCAAGCAGGCAAAGCAGCCAGCGCACUCCUGCUUCCAGUUGAGGGAGAAGUGGGACAAUCAUAUCUCAGCGACGAUGAUAUUGAAGAUGACUAA